CUGAAACAGAGUAACAUCAAGUCCAUUGAUGAAUAUCUUUAUGUUGUUUCUCACCACAAGUCAGCUAACUAUGGCAAGCACUGGACUGCAGGAGAGAUUGCCCAAAAAUUCUCACCCUCAGAGGAAUCCAUUUCCACUGUCAGAAACUGGCUUGUUGAGAAUGGGCUAGUGAGCAAGCACAUCCACAUAAGUCCCACCAAGGGUUGGAUUAAUGUUGAUGUUACGGUCGAAGAAGCAGAAUGGCUCAUGAACACCGAGUAUAAUUUUUACACUCACGUUUCUGGACAGGAGCACAUCGCUUGCGAAGCCUAUAAUCUCCCUGAGCACAUCAGCGCUCAUGUCGACUUUGUCCUACCAUCUGUCAACUUCGAUAUGAAACUCAAGCAUUGA